AUGACGGACAUCACACCCGUAUCCCCACAUAAUGAGAUUGAAGUGAAUCGUGUUCGUACAGAGACGACUCUGCAGUAUGAAAAUGCCAUCAACCCACGAUCAGCUUUCCAUGUAUACCCUGAGGGCGAACAUCAUAAAUUUAUCUCGCCAGUAAUAGACCCGGGAAGAGAGAGAUGGUGUGGCCCUAGUCAAAAAGAACAAAAAGUGAAGCGUUUGCAGAAACAGGAGCGCAAAAAAUCCGGAUUGCCCCCUGUAGAGCCAGAUGACACUGCGUUCUUUUUGCAUCAACCAUACCUAUCCUUCCAUGCACCACCCAGAGUCCUGUACACGGGCAGCAGCAAGUACACGGCGAAUCCUGUUGUUCUGAUACACGACGGUUGUUUCUGGAGAGAUUACAAGUUACAAUUAGGACAGUCAAUCAGCCAACCAGGUGUGAUUGACCCGCGCGGCGUAGUCUCGUGGCGCCAUAAUGGAGGCGACAAGAAGGCACUAAAGGACGACGAGCACAAGCUCAAGGGCUACAAAGUCAGAGGAUGGAGGCUUUGGGGAGAAACGGGAAAGAAAUAUGUGCACACUGUCAGAGCGAACCGAAAGGCAGGUAAAGGUACAGAUCCCGAUGUGUUGGAAGUCAAGGGCCUCGAAUCUGAAAAACCCGCGGUAGCCGAAGAGGUCAUUCACUUGCGAUGGAUAAGCCCGUUGUCUCGCCAUACUCGAUGCUAUCACUUCCACUACCUGGGCAUUGACUUUUACUGGAAAGGAACGGCUUCGGUUAGGGAAUCACGGGCUUGUGGCCUGUUCUUGCGCUUCAAUCACUUGAAGCUCGUUGCCAGGCUCCCAAUCGUUAACGGUAAGAGAUACGGACAGGAUGAGCUGUGUUUGGGAAAAUAUACGUGCUCCAUUGCAGCCAGGAAGAGUGGCACUUUGGAGUUUUUCGACGAAACAAUUUUGCGUUUGGUCGAUGCACACGCCCCCUCAAUGCUCGACUCGAGUUCUGACGAGGGGCAGUUGGAGGAGAAUAUGAGAAAUGAGAGAGUAUUGAAGCUGAGGAAAAGUACUCUAUACCAAGUAUUUAUGGCCACAGCGACGUGCAUGAUCCGGAAUGAAAAGGAGAAGAGGCACACACUGUUAGAGCUGUUGAUAGUUGCAGCAGAAGGUGGAGGUUAG